GCUCUAGUAGAGGGGUGAAGAUCCUUCAUCUUUCAUCUCCCAGGUCUGACAGCAUCUGUUAUACGAAGCUUUCAGUUGAAUCGGAAGAAUCACCUGCCUAAAGACUGAGGCGUGUUUCACACCGGCACCUCCAAUAAAUCGCUCCUCUCUCUGGCGGAGGACGUGGGAUGUUUUUGAUGGGAAAGGGCUGCGUGUAAUGCGCAAGGGUCUCACCGUCUUACGUUCAGGCUGCAGUUCCCUUGGCCAACACUCUUAACAGGCGCUGUGCGAGCAGGAAGAGACGCCUGGAGAUUCAGGAAUGCUCAUUGCGGGCUAAUAACACAUCUUAAACAACUGGCCCACCUCAACUUCCAUAUCGGCACGAUUCCUCGCUCCCGUCGCGGACUCAAGCUCACUAAAGCAGAUCUGGCAGUAAAAAGAUCGCUGCUCAUAUAAAUUUGAAGAAGAACACUUGAAAAGCCAUCAUGAAUUUCCUGCUGAAGGCAGCAAUGGGAGGAGGCCCCCCUGAUGUAGGUAAAAUGAUGGGGGGAGAGGAGGAUAAAGACCCUGAAGCAGAAAAAGAGAAGGAAGAGGCGAGACAGGAAGCUCUCAGACAGGAGGAGGAGGAGAGGAAGGCCAAACACGCCAAGAUGGAAGCAGAGCGGGAAGCCUUAAGACAGGGCAUCAGAGACAAGUACGGCAUCAAGAAACGAGAGGAGGCAGAAGCCGAGGCACAGGCAGCCAUGGAGCAAGCCAGCGAAGGCAGUCUGACUCGUCCAAAGAAAGCGGUACCGUCUGGCUGUGGCGAUGACGAUGAAGAGGAAAACAUCAUGGACACGAUGAUGAAGUAUCUACCAGGCCCAUUGCAGGACAUGCUAAGGAAAUAAUAGAAUAAUCUCGAGCACAUGCAGCUUUAGAUAGUAUCAUGUGUACUGACUGUGGCCAGGAGAGAGCUUAACAGCAAAAUACGGUACACCUGACUACACCUUUCACCUUUCACACAUUUUGAUUUGUGAAGAGCUUUAGAUAUUAGUGACAGAUCAAUCAAGCCAGAAGGGUUAAUUAUCAGAAUAUAAGCCAUAUUUGAUCUUUAAAAUGCGGUUAUUUCUUAUCCAAUAUGUAAACAGCAAUAUAUAUGCAUGAAUUGUUCGUGUGUCUAUUCCACUGUUUUGUAUUGUUAGUCGAUAAUGUUUUCCACUUACAUCUAACAUUAAAUGUAAUGAAAAAAAGUACUGUUAACAUUGUUAAAGACAUUCUUGUCUUGCAUGUCUCCAUAGUGUAUGUGUGUUCAUUGACAUCCUGUUUUGAGAUUGUAAUCCGAUAAAGAAGGCAAUAACAUUCUCCCAUGCUGUAUAAGCUAACUGACAAAUAACUUUGUGCAUCUAUUGCAGUUAAUUCUGGUUAUCCUUGUCACACUUCUUGCAAUAUAGUAGUCAAUCUGCAACAUUUAAAGCCUCAAUUCAGUUUAAAAGUGUUGGAGAAAGAAAGAGAGAUGCAUUCACACACAUCUGUUACCAUGCUUUAAGACAGAUUCUGAAUUUAUGGAAGUUGCAAUUUUCCAUUUUAAGACUGAAACUCAGUUUCACAGGGAUGCGUUUUGGACUGUAAUUUCUCUGGUCUGGAGCCAUAGGGGUACAACAUUCUCAGCAAUAAUACCAUAUUCUGUUUGCUUGGCUUGCAGUUAAACAAGAAAUAAAAUUGUGUGUGAAUGGCUCUGAUGAUUUAAGAUAGAAUGAAAUGUGAUCUAUCUGUCUUUGGGUAUUUGAGAAUAUGGCACUGUAAUAAACCAGUCACACAUAUCUAGUA